AUGUAUUUGCAGAGAAAAGUCCGAUUAUUUCAGAUCAUCGAAGAACAUGGAAAAGACAUGUUCUAUAUGCCACAUGGUUUGGCUGUCGAUCAUAAAGGAAACUACUGGGUUACGGAUGUCGGCAGUCACCAGGUACAUAAGCUGGACUCGUCAUUCCGCCCAGUCCUCUCAAUUGGAGAAAAGCUUGUCCCCGGAGAUGACGAUCACCACUUCUGCAUGCCAACCGACGUUGCAGUUGCCAAGAAUGGCUACUUCUUCAUCGCUGAUGGGUACUGUAAUAACCGUGUACUGAAAUUCGAUCCGACCGGAAAACUCGUCGGCACUUUUGGCGCUGCUGUGGAACCUUUUCAUAGUUCUGGUAUUGUCUUGAGUAUAAAAAACAGUGUUGUUACAGAUGAACUAGGUUCAUCGGAGUUCGUCAUUCCGCACUCACUGGCUCUCAUAGAAGAUAUGAACCUGAUUUGUGUUGCCGACAGGGAGAAUGAGAGAGUACAGUGCUUCUCGGCGGGUCUGGCGGAAGGUCACCGAACUAUUCCAGCAGGUAUUCCAAUCACCAGCGCCGACCAGAUCGGAAGAGUGUAUGCUAUUAGAGAGAAGAAGCAUUAUCUGGUCGGUGUAACAGGUCGUGAUGAAAAAGACCAGCUUCCUCCACAAUUAUUCGUCAUGGAUAUGACCAACGGCAAAGCCAAUACUUUCGUCAAGAAGUUACUAUUUAUUACAACCUAUGUCUUUUCACAAGUGCACAUUAUUCCUGUUGAUGUGUCUGAUUUAGGGAAUCGAGAACCCGCACUCGUUGGCGAUUUCGGACGAGGGCACAGUGUACAUUUCGCAGAUGCACCCGAACCAAAUCACCCAGAUCUCGCUGCCUAG